UGUUUAUCUCUACAACACCCGGCCCAGAGAGCACUUGCACACAGUCAGUGUAGUAUAGGUACCCAACCUAAAGAUAAGAUAAAUGGCCCGAAAAUAAAACUACACCCGGUCGAUGCGCGCAUUCCGGCAACGGUUCGAACGGUUUGUCCAGUCUGGUCGGCUUGUUAGUCGAGUGAAAAUUCGCGCCCGAAAAACGUGGUUAUUCAAUUGUUCUGCGACGAAACCUUCGGUGAAUUUCAAUUAGAUCUCCUCAGCGCAGUUGUCGCGGAUUACAACGAUGAAGAGCCUCUUGGUGGUGAUUGCCCUCGCCGGCGUGGUGGCAUCCGUAAGCGCAAAUUUCUGUUUCGUUUGCAACACCCGAGAUGACACCGCUUGUCUGCAUCCAGAAGGAACUCUCCUGAUGCGAGAUUGCCACGGUUCCAAUAACAACACCUGCUUCACCCGGAUAGUCAACCGUGAAAUCGAGCGAGGUUGUUUGGCGACAUUGAGCGUCGCGGACGUGGCCAACUGCAACGCCGAUACCGUUUGUGAGCUGUGCCAUGACGUCGAAAACCAGGGUCGAUGCAACGGUGCGGUCUUCCCGGAGCACAGACUGCACUGCCACCAGUGUACCGGUACCACUAACGAUACCUGCGGCGAGGAAAUCACCACCACCGCUCGGCUGUGCCGUUUCUUCGACGUGCAGGACCAGUGCUUUGUGAACGUUGUCGGAGAUCGUGUGGAACGUGGCUGCCUAUCGGAGAGCGAAUUCUGCCGGACCACCGAGCAAAACUGCCACGUCUGCGAUGGACAUGGAUGCAAUUUCCGACACUAUGCCGAUGGUGCCAUGAGCAUUGUGGUGUCGAUGAAAACACUGAUAGUGGCUUUGCUGGCGGCCGUGGCCUACGGUAGCCUCAAACAGUAAAAUGUCGCGGGCUGGUUGUGGGAGUGUUCAUUCGGAAGCAGCGUGCAGUCAAAUAAAUUAGAUAUUUAUGAUAUGGGACGAAUAACUAGAAAUGAUUGUCUGGACAACUAUCGGAAGAAAGAAAGGCUGUCGAAAGAUUGCACAUUUGACAUAAAUUUUAACGAAGUUCGAGAAUAAAUUUACUAGAAGUGAAUUAAUUAAGCUA